AUGGCGGGCAUAAGUGAAAUUUAUACGACGAAAGCGAUGUUAGAUAGUCAGAUGAUGCACAUUGGGAAACAAGGCAAGUGAACGGGCAGUAUGCAGUUUACAGCUAAAUUAGAGCUCAAUUCCCUGAACAGUAAAUGUAAUGGCGAAACUUGGUAUAACCACUUAUCUCAGAGAGUAUGAUUUUUAAAGGCUCUUUGAAAGUAAGAAGAUCGACUGAAAAUAUCCAGAAAUAGGAAAGCAUUACUGGUCUAGGAAGAUGACAAGCAUUGUUCAAUAUUUUAUAUGACGGCAAACACUUUUUACCAGUAGUAUUGUCUCAAGGAAUUUCUUGAGGAAAACUGUGAACUUCAAGGAACAGAUAAUGCCCAAGGACAAAUAUACAAGGAUAUUUAUGGGCAAAAUAGAGGCUAUUGUGUUUAUUAUCCUUCCAUUAAUUUGAAACAGGCGCAAAAAAAUGUUUAUGAAUAAGUUACUGUUUGCUGCAUGGGAUUUUUCCUUUUGUGUGUUCUCUGGUAUCACUUUAUGAACAAACAAUUAUUUCCCUUCUGUAACAACCAUAAAAUGCUCUCUCAUCAUGAAUUGAAUUUUAAACUAAGACUUAUCACACUGGACGUAAGGUUUGGAAAUUGUGGAAUAUCACUUAGGUGACGUCCUUGGAUAUCCCCCAGUUUUAGCUGAGGAAUGUUUGGUCAGCUGAUCUGUUUAGAUCAAUAAUGAGCAAGCAAAGAUAUAAGAUGGAUCAUAGCUAAGGAUAUACCCCAAUAUUCCCCAAUUUUCAAUCAUUAUGUCUUCUACAGUAAUUUAGUCCAAGAUGACAGAUCAUUUCACUAUUUUUACAGAGGAAUGGACAUGUUUAUUUGUUAAUUCAUACCAGAGAGCAAUGAAAGGUAAACAUCCCAUGCAGAACAGUAAACUGUUUAUUAACAUCUUCCCCCUGCAUUGGAGAAAAUAUUUGAAGGAUAGUAAACCAUAACCCCCAUGUAGCACAAGAAUAUUUGUCCUAGGCCAUUAUUUGUUCCUUGAAGCUCACAGUUUUCUCAAGCUUUGCUCUUCAAAAACUGUCUUCAUCUUGAAGCAAAAUAAUGUCUGUAGACAAACAUCCAUUUAUAUUUUAUUGCCAAAUGGAGGCUGUUACUGUUUUUCAAUGUUUUUAUUGUCAUUAUAGUGGUGAGAAACCUCAAAUGAAGUAAGCUUACAAAAAUUAUUAAAUUAAUUGCCUCUUCCUCUGUUUUAAAUUGCUGUUUUGCUGCAAAACUAAAUUGCCAUCUCUUUAAUUAAUUGUCUCAUGAUGAUGGUCUAGGAAUAAUAUUGUGAAAUCUUGAAGGACUGUAUGUGAAGGCUUCUGUUUGGAAAUGCAUAGUGUUAUUUUUCAGUUGACAUGGGUACUUUGGAGUUGAGCAACCAAGACACAGAUUACAAAUUAAGGAGAGGUAUGUCAGCUUCUAAGGGUUAGCUCAUUAUUUUUGGAUAUUAUGCAAUCAAAGGUUCUAAAGCAGAAUUAGAAACCAAGAAAUUUGUUUCUUGAAGUGAGAUUCCUCUCUAUAACUUCAUGUCUCGAUUUGAUUCAUAAUUCUGCAAUUUCUACUGUUAAACAGCCAAGUUAAUGCACUUUGAUACAGUAAAUGUGUCACACUGCAUGAUUUUAUUGACUUGAUUCAAGGGGGACAGGGGCAAUGAUAAAGGAAAACAGAUUUUUACUGGCUCAAGUAGUGGUGUGGAGUUCUAAUUCAUUAAAAGCUGAGUACAAGGAGAACUCAGAGUGAAGAAGCAACAUGCAGAUACAGCAUAUAAAUGAAAAGGAAACAUCUUGCAUGAUUUUUCUAUGUCCCCCUGACUAUGGUAGUUUCCAAUUUCUACAUGGUAUGACUGUGAUGGAAAAGAGCUUUCAAAUGUAUUGGAAAAUUGAGUAUGAUGAAAACCUUGAAAACUUUGAGACACCUCUCUUUUCAUGAACUGUCAGUAAAAAAGUCAGAGUUGGCUUUUGGACUGGUGGCUUUGGAAGGAGAUUAAAGGUGUCACUGAAAGUGCUGUAGCUUAUACACCAGCUUCUUACUUGGAUAACUUACAUGUGUGUAGCAUAAAUGCAUUAUUGACCAAGGGUGAGGUCAAGAUGUUUCAGUAUUAGCCAAGUUCUUUUUAUGCGUUUUACAAACCUCAACUUCUUCUCAGCUAUUAAAACAGUAAAAAAAGCAUGAGGCUUUUAUGCAGUCAUUUUGACUGAACAAGCUCAGUCAAUAAAGGCUUUAUAGCUAAAAGAUCAUUGCUUUAUUAAGAAUCAAGCCUUGUUUAUUUUGAAGGAUGCAAAGAAAAGCCAACUGGUUUUGCUGCACGAUAAACCCACUGGAGUUGUUUAUGAGUCCUUUGUCUUGACUGUCCUCUACCAAUUUCUGCAAAUCUAUUGUCAACAUUUUUAAGAAUUACAAACUUUGCGUGUCUGCUCCAAGUAAGUUUUUGUUUCUUGUGGGUGAUCAAAGCAAGCACUCCUGAUUGGGCAAGAUAAGCCCAUUGGUUGGCCAAUAAAAAUGCAGUGGCUAAAUGUUAAGGCCAGCACCAGGAUGCAGCCUAGGGAUUGGCCCAUUAGAGGUUAGAUCACUGGCACUGGCUUGUUGAGUUGCAGCUUCAUAAUAGUUUAUUAAAUCUGACAUUUUAUUAGCAAAAUGUCAACUAAAUUUCUUUUUUUCCUGUUGCUGGAACUCUUGUUAUGGAGUAAACGUAUCAUUAAGGAGAACCUUUGUUUAUAAAUGCCUUGUGGGAACUGAUACCCUCUCUAGUGUAAGACAUUUUGUAAUUAGCUAAUAUGACACAGGUUAGCAUGCAUAGAAGUUUACAUUUUGAGUAAGAAGACAAAUAAACAUAACAAUAUCAAACAUAAUACAAACGAACAGGAAUUUUCAAUUUAAGUCUAGAUACAGCCUUACCUGUACUUUUUUACAGGUAUGUGGAUGUUGUUCCUAUCUGCAAUGAACCAUUCAUUCUGCUAAUUUGCUGAAUUUAAUUCCAAAGCUAAUCUGAAAUAGAUUUACCAAGAGUGGGCACACAUGUGCACAGAUUCUUCUUGAUAUUGAUUUAUAUUUGUAUUAGUUUACAAGACUUAAAAGAUUUUUAAACUAUAAGAAAUGAAAUGAGGUAGAGCUGAGAAGAUAGUCUAACUGGCCUUAAUAUGUCCCUUGCAUUGAUUAGCCAUGGACGUUUACAUGCAGUUUUUUGAAACUGAGAUUGAUUAGAAAUAUAUGUAUUUUCAGUAGAACUUCAGUCCAAACCUGAACUUCUUUAGCAGCGCGUUAUAAAUUUCCAAUUAAAACUUAUGUCAUGUAAGGUGAGCGCACACAACGCUACACGAUCUCACAAAGAGCACAAAUUGUGAAUCAAAUAAGUCCUGAUUCUGCUCUAAGCUUUCAUAAGUGAAACGAUUGUCCAAGCACCAAAAGUUUUUUUAAACCAUAAUUUAAAAGACAGUUCAUAGCCUAGAAAAAAAAUUAUUUACGUGCCUCCACUUUCUCCAUUUUUAAGGCUUCAUUUUAAAUUCAGAGUCGGAACUACUUUGCAUUUACCUUUCUUCAGCCGUAAAUGUAACGCAUUUGAAAUUCUGAAGGUGUUGAACUCUUGUGAAUUUUCAUGAUCACUCAUGGUAGCGUGUUAGUUUAUGUAACCGUGUAAGUUGAUAGGGGUCUGCCUGAGAAAGAUGUCAUCAAAGAUGGCAGACGAAAUACUUAAGUGUACUGCAACUGCUGUCUCCGUUUAUUUAGCUUUCAUGACGCAAUUCUGCAGUAGCAGUUCUGUAGUAGUCCUAUGUUCUGGCGAUAACCUCGGCGAGUAAUUCCUGAAGUGCUGCUGGAGCUAAGUUCCUCCAGAGUGAUGUCGCCAAGAAAUUCUACCCCGAUUGUCUUUGGACUUUCUCCUCUGGAAAGCGUGUACCAGAGGUUUGAAUAAUAGCUGUUUGUUGGUGGGGUUUUCCCUUUUAUCAACGGUUUUUUCGUUGAGUUGGUAGUUUAUUGUAUGUAAAUGCUUUGUCUCUUGUGUUUUCUUUGAUGGGUGGGUCAAAAAGGAGGCAAAGAAGAGUUCGGGGUUCGUCCUUCAUCUUCAUUGACGGACAUCAACUUCAUCGAGUUGUGGUAAUUCAGGGUGAGCAGAUACAACUGCAGCCCCUGUGAGGCUGAUUUUAGGUCUUUAUUCAGGUAGUUUCUAACUCCCUGGGAUGUUCCGGAAAAAAUGAAUUAAGUGUCUUAGAUUCUUCUAUUUACACGGGUUAGGGUGAAUUUUCUUCCCGUUUCAAAUUUUUUGUCGAGAAGUCAAUUAAACAAUGCGAAAAAUUUCUGUCUAAUAUUUGUCAGCCGUCUGACAAAUCAAAAGAUGGCAACUGCCCUAACAGAGGUUACUUUUGGAUAUCCUAAUCUUUUGAACAAAAGACAUGGCCCGCGGCGCGACCAGUUAAAUUCACCUUGCUAAAAUCUCGUAUCGAGUUUGUUAUACUUCACCUGCAUCCGCGUACAGAUACUGCAUGCUACUGUGUAAUGUGCGUGCUAUGUAUAUCAUUCAGUUACAGAAAAGUUCCUUGAAAACAUUCACAUGAUGUUAAAUGAACCGUCCGUUGGGCUUUACAGAGUACAAGAGCAUGUUAGAAGGUCGUUGCCGCAGCUUGUUGAUAAGAAGGUGUGUGUACAACUAUUACGUAACUCAAUGCGUGUCUUUGUUAGAAUGGUGUAUCGUGGGAAUUGUAAUUGCCAUGAAUGCUUUCCUUAAUGUUACAGUGUUAGUGUGUACAAUACAAUAUAGUCGCUAUAUUGAAUUACAAUUUCUUUCAUUGCAUAGAUUGAGAUGCAAAGCCUACAAAAGAAAGUGCAAGGAAUAUCUUAUGAUACUGACUAUUCACUCAAGUAUGUCCUUAUGUUAAAGGUUUUCAUAAUGUCACGGUAUAGUUUAACCGACAGAAAGAACACUUCAAUCCUACCUACUCAAAUACGAUAUUAAACAACUUGUAAUAUAAGGAGCGAAUUGUAAAAGCAGUACACUAAUUAUACUCAAUAACGUCACUUACCGUAUUUAUUCGAUUAAACGCCGCGGCGUUUAUUAAAUUUUUCGUGAUUCGAGUGCGGCGUUUAUUCGAGGGCGGCGUUUAUUUAAAAUCCAAAUCAUUAUUUGCAAACAAUAGUAUGGUAACUGGCCAUCUUAAUUUUGAAAAACAGAAAAAUGUUUUAGUUCUUAUCUUAAAAGUCAUUUUUAUACUGAUCUCAAUUUCACAAUUCGCUUAUUUAUACUACGGCAGUACAUAAAGUGAAUAAAGACUUAAUGUCGGAUAUGCUUUCUCGACAUCAGAACUGGUACAUUCAAAAAGAUUUGUGUCUGGUUCGCUCAAAAUUUCUUACUGCAAUCGAAGCAAUGAUCGCUGUGUGCUAUAUGAGUCUACUAUUCGAAUAAACGCCGCACAGGGUCAUUAUAAAUAACUUGAGAGGAACAGAAACGCGCAAUUUGGAGUUAGCAGACUUAAAAUUUAAGCUUUUUGAACCGGUUAUCAGAUUUUUAUUGAUCAGAAUUAUGAUUUAACUGAGGAUUUGUGGCAUGUAGGACAGUGCCAAACCAAAUAUAGCUUUAUAUGUUAAAGUGCUAUUUUCAAACUAAUCGUUAAGCGAGUGGGUAGCCAAUGAAGCUUUAUAAGCAGCGGGGUAAUGUGACCAUAUAUCACAUGUAGGCAAAAGUUCAUUUUGGAGGGGUAGUAUGGGAAACUUACUAUUCUUCCAAGCCCAAGUCCCCAUUCAAAAUAGUACAAGAGAUAUCAUGCGUCAGAGAUAGUUUAAAGAUCGCACGAACACCGGCACCAUUUUCGUUUGCUGGCGACUAAUACUUCCACAUUGAAUAUCGCAAGAAGGAAUGUAUCUUUCCAAGGUAGUAACACCAUGCAAAGGUAUUGACAAGGAUUUACAUGUUAUAAGGGCAAAGAAAACUGAAAGAAACCACCAAGCGAAUCAAAAAGUGAACAAAAACACAAGGCGGAUACUCUCAGUAAUGAAAUGAAAGUCAGAAAGAACUUAAAAUAACUAAAUAAGGUAAAAUAUAUAUGAGGCCAAACAACACGAAAUAAAUAAAAACACGAUGGUCGGAGAGACAAAAAUAUUCACAGCACAUACAAAAGAAACGCUAAGUCAGAAACCCAAUUAAAGAUUAAAGUGAAAAAAUUGAUAUAUAAAACUUGAAGCAUCAAAGAAAGUCACACAAAGCAUGAGCACUGCCAUUAUAUCAUAUAGAGAUAAUCGACAGUAGAACAUGAGUACUGGAUAAAUCAACUUAAAAUAGCAGAUCAAUCGCUUAAGACUACUUCCAUUGCGUAGCAAAGAUAAAAUCAUGGUAAUCCGAAAUGAAGCACCAAUAGGUGCUGAAUAAAUCUAUUUACAUAUUCUUUAUAUUUGCUAGGAUAGGUGGACUUUACAUUUUUCUCAAGUGAAUUCCCAUGAUACUUUUUUCCCUUAAAAACGUGUAUCAAGUAUAUCAUGGUUCGUUCGUGCAAGAGGCUAGUGUUACGAUCAAUUUGCUCCAUUUCUGGUUGUAUAGCUAUGAGUGUGAACUUCUUAGCUAAAAAGGGUAUCAAAAUAUGAAGGCUGAACAUGUGUUUAGAAAAAAUUCCUUAUGGUUGAGUUAGAAAGGUGUUUUAAGUAUUACAUUUGUCGUUUGUCUCGUAGGACUGUGCAGUCUAUGCAAAACAUUUCCCACUUCACAAUCAUACAGGUAUGAAUAUCCCGCUGAGAGUACCAACAUUUAUGAAUAUCAAUACGCAUUAACUCUCUUGUUGUUGCUGUUCCAAAUAUCAUUAUUUUCCAUCGCCUGAAAAGAUUAAGUCUUGUCAUAAACAUAAGUGAUGUAUUCUUAAAGUCCCUUGUUUCAAAAAGUUGUGCAAGAGAUUUGUUUUCAAUUACUGCUAUGAUGUUCGUCGUCUCAAGCAUCGACAUUGUUAAUUGAUAUAUCCUGUCUCAAGAGGUGGUUGGCACAAGGCGUUGAAAAAAUAUUCAAAAUCAUAUUCGAAUAACAUAGCAGAGGAAGCCUAUCUCUGAACAAUAUUGUACUGCAUUUGAAAAUUCAGUAGGUACAGAGUAACUGAAGUAAACUACGUAUUCUCUAUUUCAAAUUGUGGUAAAUAGGGUUUUUCAAGAAUUUUGGAGAGUACUGGAGUGACUUAUUCAUCCUAUCCUAUCCUAUCCUUGCUGUACCAUCAUAAAAUCGUAUAUGAUUAAACGAACUUCUAUGUUUUGCAUUUCCAGGAGUGCCUUAAGAGUGCCAUUGCUUCGAAAAAGAACCUAGACUUCAAAAAAGUAGAGAGGUAGAGCACAAUUUGAUGAAUUCCUUCUAUGUAUCUGUGGAGUUAUUGAAGGCUCAUCAAGGCGAAUGUCGUGGAUGUAUACGGUAUUCUGUAUUUAGCGUUUUCUCCUUUUUCUUUUAAGUUACCACUGGCUGCUCUAUUUCAGAAAAUUCUUUAUUGUUGCUCCAAUGCCAUGGCUUGUACUCUUCACGUUCUUCAAAAUAAAUGCUUCUAAGAAUACUGAUUUUAAAGAAUCAGUAGCUUUUAAUCACGCUGAAAUGGGCUGAUGACUUAGUGCAAGUGGACCUAAAAUGUACACAUCUAGAGAUGACUAAUUCCAUAUGUCUGUCAUUUCAUAACUGCUUUAUAAAAAUACCAUCAAACGAUUUUCCCGGUUAAUUCCUAUCAGAACCUAUCGUAAGGUAUAGCAGUCCCUUUUUUUUCUUAACUUUCCAAGAUUUUUGCUUGCCGGGCUACGAUGGAAUAGACAAACUGCUGAAACUGUAGUUAGGUGCUUGAAAUGGUGCUUUUGUUUCCCUGACAUCAAAAUGUUUCCGCAACUCUCGUUUAACGAGACACAUUUUCAAUGUCCUAAACAGGAAAGACCAAAACCCUGAUGCCACAGCGGAUUCCGAUGAUGAACCAGAGGUUCUUGAAUCUGUCCAGGUGGGAAUUGUUGGUAAUAUUCUUCUUAAUUAAGUUGUUCUUCCAAAGGCUUAGAAAAACGGCCAGUCAACCGAUAGCAUCGACAAUUUUGGUUCGUCUGUCAGGUUGAACGGUUGAGUGUGUCACAAAGACGAAGUUUACAUGCAAGGAGAAGGACCCAUUUCGCUAAAGCUAACGUUAUUCUGCUGUCUCCGGUGUAACCUCUAGAUGGAGUCUGAGUAACUGCGGAGAUAAUAUUGUUUUGUUUUGUUUUGUUUGUUUGUUUGUUUGUUUUUUAUAAUGGAAUAAAAUCAGGUAUUAUGAGUGGUCCUGCAGAUCCGUGGUCCUCUCAGUGAUGAACAAUAAAAAUAUAUUGCGGUGGAAGAAUUGCUCCCACAUCAGUGCUGCCCAAUCUUUUACAAUUCAUCACAUUCAAGUUAUCUUUUCAAGCCUUCGAAUAACCUCUCAUUGACUCUGCUACACGGGCGAGCAAGAAUAAAAUCAAAUAUUGGCAACAUACUAAUGAUCAUAUUUGACAAACCGCUAGGGCUGCAGCGAAGUAGAAACCCUGCUAAAUCUCAGGAAUUCUUUAUUUCACUUCUGAAGCUUCAGACAAACAAAGACAUGUAGUGCUCGUGAGAACUGACUUUGUUCAGAAGAGUAUCGAUUAGUGAGGCAUUCGGCGUACUGCCUCCUUUUCAUUCUGCCUCGAACAACGACGCACCAGAAAGGAUAUUAAGAACGAAAGAGUGAUUAUAGGUAAAAAGGUCGUUUCUAUUAAAUGGAAAAACAUACGAGAGGAGCUAAAAAGAACAGGUCUGCACCAGGACUACGGUGGACUGUGCGUGAGUGACAGAGACUUCGAUUAGAGCCUACCAAGGUGAACAUGGAUUCCGAGACAUGACGGAAAUACAACCUCAAUUUGAAUUUGAAUUUUGUCAGAUGGCCUCAAGACACCGUUUCCUGAACCAAAGAUUACAUCAAUCGAAAUGCACCGGCUCAUUUCCCGAAUAGCGGCGGGUAGUUGAGUCUACCUGUUUGUUAAAGCCAUAAGAAGUAAAUUUAACGAAAACUGUGCCUUGGAAAAUGUGGGAAUUUUUCCUGAACCCUUGAAAACAAUAUCUUCCGGUGAUGCAAGUGCCCAGUACCCAAUAGCUAUUCGCGCUUUUUACGCUGUUCCAUCGGUGCACACUCCACGAAGCAUGCCCGCUACGCCCGUAAUGCUAACUAAUGGAAUAUAUUUCUCUCGUUAGGGGUUCAUCUGCCCAAAUUGUAUGGAGGCGUGGAGAAACGAAGAGGAGCUCCUCCAGCAUUGGCAGUCAGCACAUGGCAACCUCUCCGAUGUAGUGGGAUUUUGCUCAUUUUUAUGUUUCAUUAAGUAUUAACGAAUAGAUCCUAUGGGACCUUUCUAUCUAUAGUGCUUUUAGAUAAUUGGACAUGUAUAAUAUUGGUGAAAGACAUUAAUCCUUAACAAUCCUUGAUUAACAAUCGAGGUUUGCAUGAAAUAUUAGCAAUCUUUUCUAAGUGGUGGGAAGAAGUAAGGUGUGAUUAAAAAUUGCCCGUUCAAUGUAAAGUAGGUCUCAAACAGAAAAAAAUCGUUUGAAAAUAAAACGUACGAGCUUUAUUCUCAUUAAUGAUUAAUUAAAAGUGUAAAACAAAACAUAUUCGUCAAACCACAGUUAUGUUCCAAAAGGUUACCAAGUAUUACAUUUAGAUUUCAUGGCAACAAAAUUACUGUGAUGCGUUAAUGUUAUUCGAAAGCAUUACGUAUAAGAUCAUUUAUCUCUUGGUUUUCAAUAAGUACAUGUCUAUUUCUCAUUCGACUUUUAUGUUUUUCAGGGAAACUCCAAGGAAUGAAACGGCACCUUCACAGUCCAAGUUUACCUUUGAAAUCGAACAAGAACGAUGGAAGGAGAAAUGGAAGCAUCACAGAUUUUGCUACCCUCUGAGACUGCGGAACGUUGCACGGAGGAAAGCCCUUUGAAAAUAAUUGGCAUUCAUGCUAACCACACAUCCGUGAUACCUCCAAACCCGCAGCUAGCCGCCACAAUGCAGAUUUACUCGUGAAACCAGGAUCUGUUAAAUUCUCUCAUUUGUUCGUUAACAAUCUUCUCUCUUAUUUUCUCAUCUUUUUUUCCUUUGGGGAUAAACGAUCACAUCAAGAAUAAUCAUUUCUGUAGUAGCGAUGAUCACUCGGUGAGGCUAAACUCAUCCACGGUAAUAGAAGCGGUUGAUACAUUUUCUAUCGUUGCUGCUAAUGUAGAUCAUCCGUAGAACAGACAAUUUGAUGUCGCAUGUAACGAAAAAAAAAUAAAAUGCAAUAGGGUACUCUAGCAAAACUUGUAAUCCAUGUACUUUUGUUAACGAUGGGCCACGUGCAGUUCACGACUGUUGCAG